AUGGCAUCCGAGGCGAGCCGCCUGUACAAGCUCCAGAACAACCUCCUCGAUGGCAUGUCGAUGCAGGCCAAGCUCAUCGCUGGGCUCAGCGUGCUCUUCCUCUUCCUGAGCUUCCUCAUCUGGCUGACGUGGGACCGCUACGGCAAGGAGGUUAGCGCGCUCUACGAAGGCCGCUCUCGCUUCUCCAAUGCACCAGCUGCCGACGGCGACGACGACGAGUUCAAGGCCUACAAGAGCCUUCCCACCUUUUUUUACGAGUACAACAAGAAGAAGAAAUAG